UAUACCAGUUAUUGGAGAGAUUGGGUAUGUUGUGAUUUCAUUCUUUUGGCUUGAAGUUCUUGGUGCUUUAGGGGAAUUUGAUGGGACUGGUUGUGUGUCGUUUCCUGCUGGCCAUUUUGCGCGCUUCGAUUUGUCUGAACGGCGGGAGGUCGCGCUUUCCUAUCGACGACAGCCACCCACGAAAAAGUUUAUGCUAUGCGAAAGGGACCAUGUGAAGAAAGACAUUGCCGAUCGAUACAGAAGGAACCGAGAAGUCAUUUGAUAAAAGUGAAUGGAAACUACGGUCUCAAAGAUUAUUCCUGGCGAUUUCAAUUUCAAACUGUUAUCUCACCGGUCAUUGUGAAAGGUGGAAUCAAUAUCCACGCACAAUGUUACAUGGUCCGCCUGCGACUGGUCUGGACUACCGGUUUUAUCAAACUCCUCAAUCUUCGCCAUCACCAGGCCCUUCAGCAACUCUAUCACUCAGGCGGGCUAAGAGGGCCAAAAGAUCCAGGAGAGGCAAGAAACGUCGAGCUUCAGAAGUCGAGGGUCUUGAGGAAUCAGCACGCAAAACAAAACAUCGGCCCCGCUCUCCGGAAGAUACUAAAGCAAUGGAGAGCCCUCAUGAGCUUUUACCAGCUCCUUCGAACCAACAAGUGGAAGUCUGGGUCUCGAAUGUACGAGCGGGACCACCUCCACUAUACAGCCAGGAUGUUGAUUCACGCAGUCCCCUCGGGUCGAGUCUCACCCUCUCCGAGUUCAUGCAACAUGGAUUCGCACCACGGUUCAUUUCAUCUCGCGGUAAUGAGUACUUUUGCGAAAUCGACGAAGAUUAUCUCACCGAUCGAUUCAACCUUACAGGACUUCAAACAGAGGUUCAAUAUUAUCAGUAUGCGUUGGAUUUAGUGACGGAUGUCUUUGAUUUGGAUUGUGAUGAUGAGAUGAGAGAGACUAUUGAGAAGUCAGCAAGACAUUUAUAUGGUUUAGUUCAUGCUCGUUAUAUCGUCACUACUAGAGGAUUGGCAAAAAUGCUUGAAAAAUACAAGAAAGCCGACUUUGGAAAAUGUCCUCGAGUUAUGUGUAAAUCACAUCCACUUCUCCCCAUGGGACAAAGCGACAAUCCAAACAUCAAAGCCGUCAAACUUUACUGUUCUCGUUGUGAAGAUAUCUAUAACCCCAAAUCCUCUCGACAUUCUGCAAUUGAUGGCGCAUAUUUCGGAACCUCGUUUCACAAUAUUUUAUUCCAGGUUUAUCCGGCUAUGAUCCCAGCGAAGAGUUAUGAUCGAUAUGUGCCACGAAUUUAUGGAUUUAAAGUUCAUGCGCCUGCAGCUUUGAUUCGAUGGCAAAAUGGAGAGAGGGAUGAAAUGAGGAGACGUUUGAGGAAGUUGGAUAUUGAUAGUGGGUUCAAGGAUGAGGAUGGCGAGGAAGUUGAGGAGAGUGAGGAAGAAGAAGAUGACGAUGAAGAUCUUGAGGGGUUGGACAAAGAGCUGGUAGAGAAUGGAGUCCAGCCAGAGGGCGUGCCUAAUGUUGGGAGAUAUUAGAUGUUUUUCUCGGUAUUACAACUCGGAAUAAGGAAUAGGGGAAGAAAGAAAUGAGGUAGCGAGGAUAAGAAAGGAAAACUUCGUCAGAUUUCUAUUCGUGUCGAUAGGAAGAAUUGUCUUUGCUUCUUUUGAUGGUUUCUUAGGGAAGAUUAUCUUAUGGACUAGCCAUAAAUGGAUGGAUGGAUGGAUGGCAGGAUGCAUUGCGGGAGUCUUAGCUGGGGCGCAUAUUGUUUGUUCUUCGUUGUAUCGUAUUGGGCGGAAGGGAGAGGGGAAGACUUAUAGGGGGGAUUUGAUUCCUCGAAAGAUGGAUGGAUCGAGAUAAUAGAACGCAAAGAAAGGAUUGAUUGAGAAUUUUAGUCUUUAUAUUAUUAUGUGUCAGAAGUGAAGUUUCUUGUGAGGCUCAGGGUGAUUUGUGUGAAUGUGUGGGAUCGUGUAGUGUGAUGGGAUGGGGUUGAGAUGUAUUGCUUUUCUAGAAGAUAUUUAUG